CAAGUCAAUCCUUUCCUAUAUUUAACCCAUCUUCUCUCCUCAUUUUCUCUCCAACCAAACACCCACCAUAUCUCAUCCCUUUCUCCUUAUCUCAAAUGGGAAAUGCUCUAUCUCCAUGUUUCCAUCAAACAAGAUCUUCACCAGUGAAGCUAAUCUUCUGGGAAGGAGCUACAAGGAUUCUCGCAGGAAAACACAUAGCAGGAGAGAUCAUGUUCGAGAAUCCAGACAAGAUUAUUUGCCAUGCAGAUUCUUUCUUCAUUGGACACCCUAUACCAGCCCUAGCAAUUGAUGAUGAGCUCAAACCAGGCCAAACCUACUUCCUUCUUCCUAUAGAUCGCAUCUCUUUCAACCACGUUCUAUCUGCAGCUUCUCUCGCCGCCUUAACCAGCUCCUCCUGCCCUACACCGGCACCGAUCAAUUUCAGUGAAUGUGAUCCUUUCCAAUACGUAAAGGGUCCAAACGGUAGGAUUCUGAUAAAGGUGGUGCCUGAAUUCAUAACAAGGCUUCUAAAUAGAGGUAAAGAACAAGAAAAUAAUGGGUCUGCUAGUGAAAAUGGUAAUAGUUUUCUGUGUAGUACGCCAGAGUUGAAGAAGCAUUAUGAACAGCUCGUUAGGUCUAAAGAACAAACAUGGUCACCUAAACUUGAGACAAUUUCAGAGUUCAAAAUUAGGUAUUCUCCUUGUAGAUUGCUAGGGUUGGAGUGGAAACAAAAAGAAGAGAAUUAUGCGUAAUUUUGUAUUAAUUCUUUUAUCUGCUAAUUGUUAAAAGGGUAAAAUGAUAUGUAUAAUAGAUCAUAUAUAUAGUUAUAUUAGAAUUUAAUUUAUGGAUCAAUUUGUACAAAGUUUGAUAUUGUACAAGUUGCCCUUUUUGCUUUGAUUAGUAACAGAUGAAAUUCUUUUUUCCCUUUUAGGGUAUAUAUGCAAAGAACAAUUGAUUUGUGAUGCUUAAUUCUUGAUUAUCAAAAUAUGAAAAUUGGGCUGAAGAUACACUAUUACAUCGUAGAGAAUCAUAUGAUAAUUGGGAUGUUGAGAACUUAUUUUAUAAC